AUUUUUUUUUCAGUCGUACAGAAAUUUGUCGACGGUCCCUAAACUUCCGCUUCCGAAUCUCUGUCUAAUGUCUGAAUAUCAAGCUUCACCGCGGUCUUCGUGUGUAAGUCGAGAUAUAAACGGAGCAACUUAUUCAGAAACAUGUAAGCUUUUUGAUGAACAGGAACAACGUGCUUUAGAGAAUUUUAAACUAAAGUAUCGAUCUCGGCAGGCUGGUAUCGAUACUAUGGAUACGAUAGCGUACAGUCUUGCGCUUAAAAUCAUGGAGAUUGUGUUUUUCUUGUCUUGUCUUUUUGUAUUGGCGUUGAUCUGCGCGGCUGACCUGCCUUCGAAAUGCUGCUCUCAGACCAGUGAGAACAUCUCCUAUACCUGUGAGAACAUCAGUACAGUCAGUGGAUUCAGGUUAAGUGUUCCUGAGAGUUUACCACCUAAAUGCCUGGAGGAAUGUGAGCAUGGCUGGUACACUAAGAACAACACCUUUCUGGUUGACUCAAAAGAGACCUGUGGCAAUUUAUCAGAGCUUAUAGUAAAGGUAACCCCUUGGAACGUGACCACACACACCUGUUUGGACGGAGCAUACUGGAAAAUGGACUGUCCCUGCUCAGGAAAAAACAAUUUGGUGGUUUCCUACGAAGCUGUUGAAAGUCCAAAACCUGUGGGUAAGGAUGUGGAGGAAGGCUCAUACAAUGGAAAAUUGCUGCAUCUGCUGUGGCUCCUGCUGUGCAUCCCUGUGUUUGCUGUGCUAAUAUGGAAUUGCAAGGAAAAGGCUAAGGAGCAGAAUCACUGGUACAGCUCUGUGGUGAAUGGAGUCCUAUCUCUCAGGUAGAUCCUUUAAAGUCUCAAUGAGGGGAGGGAGCCUGAAUCUCAGCAACUCACAAGUGGGAUUCCUGACAUCAAGAUCAAGGCCCCAUUAACAUCAGCAUUAACAAGUUGUUCACACUGGACAUCAGCUGUGCCUUUACCCUGGAGUUAAUUAGCACAAUUGGCACAAAGUGCUUAUACAAGCACAUAACAGACAAUUCCAUGAGCAAUAUUGAGAUAUGUAACCCUUGUGCAUUGUUCAAAAACACUACCAGUUUGUCAUGUUCUGGAUGAAAACAUUCACUAAAUUAAAAUGCUAUAAACACAUAUCAGAUCAAUAUUUGCUUAAAUCUAUUAACCUCAGUUCUGUUCAAAACUACUAAAUGUUUUUUUUAAAAAAGUGUUCAAGAAAAAAAAUGUGACCAGAAAUGAAUAAAACAUAAACUUUUGCA